AUGGAUCCACGGCCAGCGUUUGCCAAACCUGGAUCAAAGAGUCCUUGGAACUGGGUGUGUAGAAUCGUGGUGGCUGUCUUGCUUGUAGCCAGUGCGGGUGUUGGACUGGUGAUAUCCUUGGUCCCCUUGCUGGAUCAUGGAUCCACAUUGAGAGCCAGCGCGCAGCAUGAGGGAGCUUUAGCUACAUCAAGCAGCGGCGGGUUUCGCGAUUCGCACCGCACGCUAGAGAAAAGGAAGCUGCAAGUCUUGGGGGUCAACGCGGACGAGUCGGCGGGUGGAGGCCUGUUGAAGCAGUACACGAGCUUCGCCAAGUACGCGUUGGAAAGCUCGAACUCCUCUGACCCUCUCCCCCUCCCUCUGGUGGCUCCAAUCGGGGAGAGAUCCUUGCUGUCCAUCCCACUCAUCACCAUCAUUGGAGUGCAGAAGGGAGGCACCACGAACUUGCGGAGGAACCUCUUGACGCACCCGUUGGUGACGGGCAUGCCGAACGAGGUGCACUUCUUCGACCAAGACCCCGACAUCUACCCGAAGCUUGGUCACUGGCAGGGAGACGGGCGAGAGAAAGAGCUAAGCCCUGGAGCGAUUGGUCGGAUCCUUUCCGAGUACGCCAAGACUUGCCUAGAAGAGGGAAAGCCGAAAAAGAAACCGGCGUGGCACAAGAACGUGGCCGCCAUGAGCAGCGGGGUCAUCGUUGAGUCCAGUCCCCGGUACAUACUGUCCCCGAUCGCGCCCUACCGGAUGAGGAUGGUUCUUCCUCGUGCCAAGCUGGUCGUCGUUCUGAGGGAUCCCACAGACAGAUAUUUUUCUCAACUGCGGAUGGUCAUGUGCAAGACGGAGCCCGACCCAGGCUACAUGUCGCUGGAGGAACAGAUCAGCACGCACUUCCACCCCCCGGGGCAGGCGAAAGGGUACAUCAAGCGAGCGGAGGCGGCGUACAACCCGUAUGGGGAGCGCUGCCGCGGAGAGAACGCUACCUCCGCGGACCUUUGGAACUGUUUCAAGGCCAUGGCAACUCACAAUCCUCUCCACAGGGGACUGUACGCGGACCAGCUAGAACGGUGGUUCCGGGUUUACGACAAAUCACAGAUCUUGGUGAUCGAUUCGGCCGAGAUGUUUGUGAACUUCACCGAAACGGUGGCAGUAGUGGCGGAGUGGGCGGGUCUGCCGGAGCAUGAGUUCGAGUACGACAAGCACGAAUUCAAAGGAGCCUGCCGGGACAAGAUUCGAUAUCACAAUCAACCCGAUUUCUUCGCGGACGGUGGACGGUACGUCGGAAAAAAAAAACGUGCAUGUUUGUUGUCUGUGGAUUGA